UGCACAUUCACAUUGUUCUUUUAAUCAUGGCUGAUCUCCUGCUGCUAGUCGUUCUCAUGUAUUCUUUUCAUGAAAUCGAAGCUCAAGCCAGGGUUCCACCUAAACUGACUGUGAAUCCACCUGUGAUCACAGUGGCAGACUCAGUCACACUGAACUGUACCACAUCUGCUGCUGUGCCUCAGUGUGAUUUCUACAUUGCAAGCCAAAAACUGUCCAAAGGUUCCUCCUGUGUGCAGACACUGACAGGGAGUGAGCUGCUGAAGAAUGCGCAUAAGAGUUUACCUGCUGAGGUUGAAGUGAGAUGUUUUUACACUGUACAGGUUUAUACAGUUAGUCAUACAUCUCCUGACAGCCAGCCAUCCACAAUCACCAUAAACAAUCUUCAUCCACCUAAAUUGACUGUGAGCCUGCUGAUGAUCACAGUGGCAGACUCAGUCACACUGAACUGUACCACAUCUGCUGCUGGGCCUCAGUGUGAUUUCUACAUUGCAAGCCAAAAACUGUCCAAAGGUUCCUCCUGUGUGCAGACACUGACAGGGAGUGAGCUGCUGAAGAUCACACAUAAGAGUUUACCUGCUGAGGUUGAAGUGAGAUGUUCUUACACUGUACAGGUUUAUAGUGAUAAACAUACAUCUCCUGACAGCGAGCCAUCCACCAUCACCAUAAACAAUCUUCAUCCACCUAAACUGACUGUGAAUCCACCUCUGAUCACAGUGGCAGACUCAGUCACACUGAACUGUACCACAUCUGCUGCUGUGCCUCAGUGUGAUUUCUACAUUGUAAGCCAAAAACUGUCCAAAGGUUCCUCCUGUGUGCAGACACUGACAGGGAGUGAGCUGCUGAAGAUCACACAUAAGAGUUUACCUGCUGAGGUUGAAGUGAGAUGUUCUUACACUGUACAGGUUUAUAGUGAUAAACAUACAUCUCCUGACAGCCAGCCAUCCACCAUCAUCAUAAACAAUCUUCAUCCACCUAAACUGACUGUGAAUCCACCUGUGAUCACAGUGGCAGACUCAGUCACACUGAACUGUACCACAUCUGCUGCUGGGCCUCAGUGUGAUUUCUACAUUGCAAGCCAAAAACUGUCCGAAGGUUCCUCCUGUGUGCAGACACUGACAGGGAGUGAGCUGCUGAAGAAUGCACAGAAAUGUUUACCUGCUGAGGUUGAAGUGAGAUGUUCUUACACUGUACAGGUUUAUAGUGAUAAACAUACAUCUCCUGACAGCCAGCCAUCCAUCAUCACCAUAAACAAUCUUCGUCCACCUGAACUGACCGUGAAUCCACCUCUGAUCACAGAGACAGACUCAGUCACACUGAGCUGUCAGACACAUGCUGCUGUGCCUCAGUGUGAUUUCUACAUUGCAAGCCAAAAACUGUCCAAAGGUUCCUCCUGUGUGCAGACACUGACAGCGACUGAGCUGCUGAAGAUUGCACAGAAAUGUUUACCUGCUGAGGUUGAAGUGAGAUGUUCUUACACUGUACAGGUUUAUAGUGAUAAACAUACAUCUCCUGACAGCGAGCCAUCCACCAUCAUCAUAAACACUCAUCGGCCUGAACUGACAGUGAAUCCACAGAUGAUCACAGAGACAGACUCAGUCACAGUGAACUGUCAGACUCCAUCAUCUCUUUCUGUGACUCAGUGUUUUUUGCACUUUAUGAGAAGACAAAAAUCUACGUCCAUCUCCUGUCAGCAGACACUGACAGGAACUGAGCUCCUCUUUAUGGCACAGCAGAGUUCACCUGCUGAGGUGAAAGUGACAUGUUUUUACAUGUCACCAUAUAAAGGAGGACAAUACCAGUCUCCUCACAGCAACAUAUCCUCCAUCAGUAUACAAAUACCUUUUGCUCGUAAAAUUCUACCUGUAUUUGCAACUAGUUUUGGUGUAAUCGUGGGCGUCAUCUCACUGACAGUGGCUUUUGUCUGUGUGAAAAGAAGAAAUGGAGACUUUUCAAUCACAAGAAAAACUGACCAAGAAGGAUCGUUACCUCGAAAUGAUAAUGAAGCCUUCAAUAUGAUCAGUUUAGUUCCUGUUGAGGACCCACCAACAGAGUCCAGAUCUAUGUUACUCGCUGGGUCUGAUCAACCGAACAGAGAAGAGUCUCAAACUGAGAAUUCUUCUGUAUGCCAAAUGUACUCCACCAUCCCUGAGGAGCCAGGUGAAAGAUCUUUGAGGAAGGCGGAUGUGGCAUAUAGCACUCUACAGCUACACUGAAACAAAUUAAAAAGUACUGUAUUGGCAAAGAACAGAAGAUAAGACUAAAUGGCCAUUACACACUCAAGCAAUAUCCAUAAGGCAGGAAGGUAUUUUUCUUCCUUCUCUUUUUCUUUUUUUGUAGGAGUCUCACCUGGAUAACAUUUCUAUUUCAACUUUCAAGCUGUAUUAAACAUAAUAAUUUCCAAAACAUUAACAGAAUUAUUGAACCUGAUUUAACAUUUUGUAAGUGCUUACUUUCUGAUGUCAGUCCAGAUCUUUGUAUUACCAAUGCACUGAGUAUUAUUCAAGCAGCAUUUGUGUUUUAUACAAAAUAUGUUCUGUAGAACAUUAUGGAGGUUAUUACGUGCUGUAAUUAUCACUGUGCCUCACAAGAGCAGUGCCAGCAAAAAUGUUGGAGCUUCCUUUAAAUUCAGAUGUAGAUGUGGGUGUUACAUUCUGUAAUAUGUACUAUAUAUGGUUAAAAUACAUCAAAUGCAGUAAGAAUGCACAUGCUUCAUAUAAACAUACGUAUGUAACUUUCUUUUUGAUUUUAUGUACUGUACCGUAUAUCACAAAUAAGUAUGUAACCCAAUGAGAAUCAAAUCCAGAAAGAUACACAGCAUGAGGUGGAUCACACUCUUUUUUAUUAGUAAUAAUCAAAUUGUUACAAGAUUCAUUUACACAAGAUGUCAGAAAUCUUUACAAAAAAAUUUAACCAAUUUUUUUUUAUGAUUUAUUGGGUUAAUAACACUCAAAUUCAUUCCAUUUCCAGAGUGUAAUAAUCAGCCACCUGUGUUGAAAUCUGAAAUGCCCAUGAUGUUAAUUCAAAAUGAGCAAACGCCUCCGAUGCAUGUCCUUCAUGUUGUAUAGUGUAAAGAUUCAUGUGCUCUCUGUGCUGAGGUGGGGUUUUUUUUUUUUUCUGUUCUCAAACUGUUCUCCUGUAGGAGCUCAGUUUGGGUGGAGUUCUUUUUUCUCCUCGUCUUCCUUCAUGCAUUGCAUAUUCAUUGUUUCCAUCCUACAUCUCUCCGACCUGUCUUCCCAAUGCGAUGUAUGUGAAAUGUAUGUACAACUGGAAGUGGUCCAAUUUCACUGCAUAUCUACGUGACAAAUAAAGGGCUAUCUAUCGAUCUAUUAAUGUAAAAGCCAUUUUAUGUGUUUGAAUAAGAAGGAUCUUGACCAUUUCCAGUCAUUGCAGAAUGUUGCUGCUAAGCUUUUAACCAACACACAAAAGGGAAAGCAUAUUACUCUUUAAUCUUUUUACAUUAGCUACCUGUACAUUUUAGAAUUUAUUUAAAAGUUUUAGCCCUUACUUUAAGAUCCCUGUGUGGUCAAGCCCCAGCCUAUAUUUUUGACCUUCUACAACCCUACACCUCUUCU